AUCUCACAAUCACAAUGUCUGAGUGUUUUGUUGCUGGUUAUCAUGCUGUUGUACCAAACUAAAAGACUAACAGACACGUACACCAACAUGAGAAUCCAUGCCUGAUUGAGGUUAAAACCCCAGACUCUCAAUGUGUAACACAAGGCAACAUCUCUGGAGCUUGUUGAAGCCAGUGAUAAAAAUUACACAAGUAAUUUAACUUUUCGUGAAUUUCCAUUUCCCGUGUUCGUGUUUAUACGGGCCGCCGCCUGUCAACUAAGACAGGUUGGUGCUAAUUUCAUGUCUAACACACAGUUGAUACAAGCACUUGUCACAACACCUCCGACCCGACACUUCGCUGUGUGUCCAAGCGAUGAGCCACCGCUUGUUCGAGCAGCGCACUCUAUUGCUUGUGCCAACACUUGGCUGUGCUGCAUUGCCCUGCGCUGUGCACCGCACGACUGACGCUUCUGCAGGCCGACGCCGGUGUAUCGGAGGAAGGAUGCUGGCAUGCCUGCAGGUGUGGUAUAUUCUGGGGCUGCUAGGGGCCGCCAGCUGUCUGCGCACCCGUCGCUACCUCGUGUACCCUGAGGGCAGUGAGGUGGAGCUGGCAGUGGGGUUCGACCUACCUGUGGAGGUGAGCGGGGGUGAGGUGGGGCUUGGGAUGGAACUAGAGGUGACUUACGAGCUGCCCUCUAACGCCUCACAGCUCUCUCAAGGCUAUGUGAGCUACGCGAAACGAGCUGCGCGCCUACCUUCCCGCUGGCAACUGUACUUGUUGCUGGAGAGACUGCUUCGCAGGGUCGGACUGGAUGGCAGGGCAUGCUUGCUGAGGGCAGUGUGCGAGGCAUCUGGCAGCCACAUGGUCAGGGGUCAGGGACUCUCGGCGGAGGUUCUGCACAUCUUCCUCACGCCAUCAGCGACGGAUGAGGAGAAGGGGGCGGAGACCCAAGUUCGCAGGGAAUACAGCUCUGCGGAGGCCAUGGGAGAUGCGCUACAGGUGGACUGUGCAGUGCUGUACCCGGAGUGCAGCCUCAGCCUGCUGGACUUGCUGUCGCAUGUCUAGUGACAGUGGAACUGCUGUCUCUAAGCUGUGCACAUGCUCUGGAAGACCAUGAAUGUUGUACUGCAUGAGGACUAUGCAGUGCUGUACCCGGAGUGCAGCAUCAGCUUGCUGGACUUUCUAUCUCAUGGCUAGUGAUGGUGAAGCGGCAGUUUCCAAGCUGUGCACAUGUUCUGCGAGACUUCGUGUCGGUGGGUCGCUGGGCUAGCUCAUGUGAUACUGCUAGUGCCCAAAUCCGAUGUGCCAGGCUCGUAGUUCAGUCAGUGGGCAAACAAUAUCGAACUACAUAAAUAUGCUUUAAAUGUUUUAAUAUUGAAUUUUGAAUCAUAUCUCUUUUUGUACUUACUCCACAAGAGUUUUUUUUUCUCUGUAGGAACACUAUGUAAGAUCACAUAUUCUAUGGCCACAAGAAGCCAGAGUAUUUUUCGUCGGAGAAAGUAUGUAGCUAAUGUAGAGAGAGUACUUCAGCAAUCAGAGUUCGUAACACUAGCUGAACCUGGUUCUGCCAUGUCAAGAGUCACAUUCGUAUUUCAGCCUUAUCCUAUCCAGAGCCAUGCCCUUUCCAUGUUAAAGGCUAGUGUGAGGGUCGAACCUGAAAAAUAAUCUAAGAAAAAAUAAAACAUCAACACCGAUAAGACAAGGACAAUGAUUUAAGGCGAUUGGUGCAUAGAAAAUAUUACAACAAAACUAAUUUAACUGUACAUAUUUAUUUUUGAUGCUUCUUUUUAAGACAUAAUAUACCUAGGAUAUUUUUAAUAAACUUUUUUUUACUGAGUUAUGUCAUUUUAAA